AUACAGCAAUUAAUUUUUUUUUGUUUUUAGCUUAAGUAUUUAAAAUAUUUAAUAAGGAAAUAUGCAAUUGAAUGUGUUCAUUUAUUUAAGUGCAAUAUGCUUUAUGAUCAUAUUGCCAGGCUUUCAGAUUGAGGGCCUUCUGCGUCGCUGCUAUCAAUGCCGUUCGCGUGGCGAACUCGGCAGUUGCAAGGAUCCCUUCACCUACAAUGCUACCGAUGUGGAUCAUGAGCCCGGACUGGCAGCCAUACCCUGCGCCAGCGGGUGGUGCGGCAAGGUCAUUGAAGGCGGCGGCACCUAUGCCAUAGACGACUAUGACUUGGCCAUACAGCGAAUGUGCGUGCAAAGGGGUCCCGAUGAUAAUAUGGAUCGUUGUGCCGACACUAUAUACAAUUAUAAAAAAGUCUACAUGUGCUUCUGCCAGGGGGAUUUGUGUAAUUCGGCACCGUCAGCUACAAAAACAAGCCACAUGUUGCUGCAGCUUCUUAUGCCGAUUUCUUUGUUUUUUGGAUUUCAACAUUGGUUUUAAACCAUUUUAUGCUUAGACAUAUAGUUUCUGUAUAUAUUUACUCAUUAAAAAACCCAAGAACUGCCCAAGAAAAUGUGUGCAAAUAUUAUUAUAUUAUAUUUUUACAAAUUAGAAUGUAAAUACUCCUAUACUUGAAUAAAUUCAAUGUUUUGA